CUAAAAUACAAAUGGAAAUGACUAUUGUACCCUUGCGGUGGAUAAAGGAACAAAACAUCCAAUCCAGUGACGAAAAUGGCUUGAAUUAUGAUGAAAACGGACGGCGAUUCACGAUAUUGAAUACUUUUGUACCCAUCGGAACCUGCCGGAAAAAAUGCACCACUUAUCAUCAUCGUCGUGGAUGCUCCGCCGCUUUUGCUGUCAUGCAACGCCUUCCUUUUCGCCCCCUACCGCCGUUUUAUCUACUUCUGCUGCUACUCUCACUCCUCCCAAGAAGAAAAAACUCGUUUUCAUGGGUUCUCCCUCGGUCUCUGCUUCCGUUCUCGAGACUCUUCUUGACGCAUCCUCCGCCGCUGAUUCCUUAUUCGAGGUUGCAGCGAUUGUUACCCAGCCACCUUCAGGAAGAGAUAGGGGAAGAAAAGUGAUGCCAUCACCUGUAGCACAACAUGCUCUCGAUAGAGGCUUCCCUAAUGACCUAAUUUUCACACCUGUUAAAGCCAAUGAGGAAGCAUUUUUGUCCAAUUUCAGAGCACUUGAGCCUCAACUUUGCAUCACAGCAGCAUAUGGCAACAUAUUACCAACCAAAUUUUUACAGAUUCCUUUAUUAGGGACUGUGAAUAUACACCCAAGCUUGCUGCCUUUAUACCGUGGAGCUGCUCCUGUUCAAAGAGCAUUGCAGGAUGGAGUUACAGAAACUGGUGUAUCAUUAGCAUUCACUGUCCGGGCAUUAGAUGCGGGCCCCAUUAUUGCCUAUGAAAAAAUGAAAAUCGAUGAUCAUAUUAAGGCUCCAGAAUUGCUUGAUCUACUAUUUGCACAAGGAUCUAAACUCUUGCUUCAAGAACUUCCCUCUAUAUUCAAUGGAUCUGCAAAGACAAAAGCUCAAGAACAAGAUGACUCAAAAGCCACUUUGGCUCCAAAAAUAACUCAAGAGGAGUCAUGGUUAUCUUUUGACAAUGAAGCUUUGACUCUACAUAAUAAGGUGAGGGCUUUUGCAGGGUGGCCAGGGACCCGAGCUAAAAUUGUUGUAAUUGAUGAAAAGAAUGAUAAAAGGAGUGAACUUGAUCUCAAAAUUAUAACUUCUAGGGUUUAUAAUGAUGAUGAUGCUCAAGUUAGCAAAGAUGAUGACGUGGCAUUCAAAAAAGGGUCGAUGAUUAUACCAUGUAGCGGGGGCACGGCUCUUGAGGUCUUGGAGGUACAAUUGCCGGGUAAGAAAGCGGUAAAUGCGGCUGCGUUUUGGAAUGGUUUGAGAGGUCAAAAGGUGAAGAAAUUGGGAUUGUAAAAGUAAAUUUUCUUCAACAAAAAAGUGAGCUUAAGAAUUUUGUAAAAGAAAAAAAAAAUGUAAUGGUUUUCAAGAAACUAUAACAUUUUAUUUUCUCUAAAGAAUUGUAACGCAUUGUUUCUAGAUAAGCUUCUUGUUUCUUUUUGUAUCUUCUUUAUCGCUCAUUAGUUUAAUUAGUAUUUUUUUUUAUUGGAGUUUUGUAUUUAAGGGUGGUUAUUUUAAAUUUUAUUUACCAAAA